AUGCAACGACGUCGUCGGACGAAACAACGGCACCUUUCUCCUUUCCUUGCCUUUUGCAUCGGAUCUCUUGCAGGAUUCUACGUAUUUGGGCUGUUACUGGGCCGAAAAGUCAUUAUUUCUGGGCAGUCUUCGUCUGGGGAAACUGGAAGGAAACUGUGGGUUGGUCCCAAUGCGAUGCCGUUUGACAAGAACUCUGCAGCUAGAAAUGCGAAACACUUGAUAGUUGUCGCUGGUCACAGCACCAUCAUCUCAGGCGAUCUCGAGGAUGCUGGAGAAGACGAAUCUGAUUGGUUUCUAUUGGAAUAUCAGAAAGGACAAGGUUUGCCACAAGCAAUUAAAGCACAUAUCAGCACUGGUAUCAAUGAGGCAAAGCGCGACCCGGAAAGUCUGCUUGUCUUCUCUGGGGGAGAAACAAGAGCCAUGACUGUUGGAUCGGAAGGGCCAAGCUAUGUUUAUGCCGCCGAUGCGAUGAACAUGUGGCCACAGGGUAGCAAUGUCAGAGCAAGGGUGGCUACGGAGGAGUAUGCCUUGGACAGCUUCCAAAAUCUUUUAUUCUCCAUCUGCCGUUUCAAAGAAUUAACGGGCCGCUUUCCUACGAAGAUUUCUGUAGUAUCCUUUACUUUCAAACGAAGGCGCUUUGAGACUUUGCAUGCACCAGCAAUUCGAUGGCCAGCUCACCGAUUCUCCUAUUUGGGUGUGAAUCCGCCACCCAGCACGGGCUUCAAUCUAGAAAAGUCCAUGCAGGGGGAGCUACAAAAUGCAGCCAAACCAUUUGAGAAUGACCCAUACGGUUGCGCUGGUAUCCUAAGAAAGAAACGUCUGGAACGGAAUCCCUUCCAUCGUACCGCACCAUACCCAUUGUCGUGUCCCGAGAUGCAAGACAUUUUGUCGUGGUGUGGCCCUGGUUUCAUUCCUAAAACAAUGGUUCCGUGGUAUGUUUGA